AGAUAAUAUAACUUAAUUUCUCUAUUUUUUCACAAUUACAGAAUUUUUUUUAGUGAAAGAAAGAAAGAAAGAAAGAAAAUGAGAAAUAAACAAAUAAAUAAACAAGAAUAGUGAAAAAAGAAAACGAAGGAAAAUAAAAAUAAUAGAUAAUAAUAUAAAGAAAACGGGGAAGAGAGAAAAGGAAGAAAGGAGGAAGAAGAAGAGGAAGAAAAGAUAAUUUGUCGAAGGAGAAUAAAUAAUAAUAAUAAUAAUAAUAAUAAUAAUAAUAAUAAUAAUAAGAUAAAUAAAUGAUAAACAGAUAAAACAUGAUAAAAGAGGAAAAACAAAGAGAGAAAAAAAGAAAAUAAAUAAAAAACAACAAAAAGAAAAAACUGAGAUAAAUAAAAGGAAUAAUAAGAAAAAAGAAAAACAAAGAAAAGAACAGGAAGAAAAAAAUAAGGAAAACAACAAAAAAUGAAAACAAAAACAAAUAGAAACGAAAAAAAAUAAAUAAAAAAUAAAAAAAGACCCCCCUUAAAAAAUCAAAGAAAAUGGGAAUAUCAACAAAAAACGGGACUAUAGUGAGAAAAUUCUUACUUAUAAUUAUUUAUGUGACACUUUACAAGCCUUUAAGUGUUAUAAGUGUGUCUCUCGUCCCAGGCGCCCCCGGUAAGACAGGAUUCGAGAGUAGUCCGCUGCAGGAGGUAUGGGCGCUCGAGGGAGGACGCGCCCAUCUCCCCUGCAACAUUACGGCGCCCACACCCGAGGACACGCCCAUUCUGGUCCUCUUCUAUAACGGGGUCACGGGGACGCCUGUGUAUAGUAUAGACGCCAGGACGGUUCCUCUGACUCGCUCCGUCCACUGGUCAGCCCUAGGAACUCGCGCUCACUUCGACGCCACCUCACUCCCCCAGGGGCUCGUGGUGGAUGACUUGAGCAUGGCAGACGAAGGACAGUAUAGGUGCCGUGUUGACUUCAAAGCUUCACCAACAAGGAAUUUGCGUGUUGCCUUGACGGUUGUGGUGCCUCCCAAACGCGUUAGCAUCAGGGAUGAAUCUCAAAAGGAAGUUAGUGGUGUUAUUGGACCUUACGCCAUUGACAAACAGCUUACACUAACUUGCAAUGUGGAAGGGGGGUCACCAGCGCCCAGGGUGACAUGGUGGGAUGAAGGGACGCUCUUAGAUAACGUGGUGGAGGCUGGAGUUCUUCAGGAGGGCAACGUCAGCAGGUCCACAGUUCACUUGGCGCCACACAGAGGGCAGCACGGGGCCACUCUUACGUGCAGAGCUGAAAAUGCUGUACUGGAUGGUGCUGUACUUGAAGACUCCACGAAACUAAAUGUGCAUUUCUCUCCCAAGUUGACACUGCACCCCGGCCACAAUUUAAACAUGGCUGACAUCAAAGAGGGCGAUGAUGUUUAUUUUGAGUGCAACAUCGAGGCGAACCCAGCUGUUUUCAAGGUCACGUGGUAUUUAAAUGGCAUGGAGUUAGCCCACAACGUAAGCGCGGGCGUGAUACAAAGUAACCAGUCUCUUGUGCUGCAGAAGGUGGGGCGCGUGUCAUCUGGACUGUACACGUGCAAAGCAAUCAAUUUACACGGCACGGGAAGCUCAAACGCCGUGCAGCUGAGUGUGAAAUAUGCCCCAGUGUGCGCGGGCGGCCAGAAACGAGUAUACGGAGGCGGACGCUUCCACACUAUGAACAUAACUUGCCGUGUUGAGUCCCACCCUGAGGCUACGAGUUUCCGAUGGGCUUUCAACACCUCCACCGAGUUCUCCCCUGUCGGUGGCGCCUCUGUGUCCCCUGGUGGGCGUGGGCGUAGCAUAGCAGCUUAUACACCCUUGACUCAUCAUGAUUUUGGGUCCCUUCUUUGCUGGGGCAGAAAUGAGGUGGAUGAACAAGAGGAACCGUGUGUAUUUCAUAUUGUUCCUGCUGGUGUCCCAGAAACGGUCCAGAACUGCAGCGCAUGGCAAAGUCACACAAACACCUCAAAUGAACCAGUUGUGAUCGUCUCCUGUGCGCCAGGGUGGGGGGCGGGCUGCAGCAGACAUUCUCCCUGGAAGUAAGGUCUGGGAAGGGUGACGCCACGCCCCUAGCAGCCCUGACAGACCAAAGGGCGCCCCAGUUCACGGUGACGGGGCUACAGAGUGGAGAAGUCUACCAGUUUACAGUUCUGGCCUCGAAUGUACAAGGUGAAUCCGGCCCGGUCUCGCUGGAAUUCGGUAUGCCGUUAGAUGUCGCCGAGAAACGGAUGAGACUGGAAGGCGUGGGUGUUGCGGGCGUGGAUGACAGCUACCCACACCCACACGCUAAGCUGGUAGUCUUCUCUCCCCUUGUGGGCGCCGCUGUGGGCCUCCUAGCUGCCAUACUCCUGUGUUCCCUCAUGGCGAUUCUUGUUGUCAAAUCACGUACCGCCCACGCCCACGCCCACGCCCACGGCCACGCCCACACCCAUAAGACGCUGUACGACCCCCCCACGCCCGAUGAGGACCUGAUGGAUGACGGACAUGACCCCAAGCCCCCCAUGACUCACUCACACGCCCACUCACGCCCACAGGAGCCCGAUGUGACGAGGGUGCGUCCAGAGGUACCAGGUGCAGAGAGACAGGUAACGCCAGAAACUCAUUACCUGUGCAACAACAACAGCAACAACAGCAACAACAACAACAGCAACAACAACAACAACAACAACAACAACAACAACAACAACAGCAGCAACAACCAGUGCCCCAGUAUCUACAUCAGCAGGCCCGGAAGUUUACUGUCAACAUCUGUACUGGAAGCAGAGAGAGAAAUAUUACUACAACCACCAGCCGGAGGACCCCAGGGGGACGUCACACAGGGGCCAGGGAUCCACCCACUCCACCCACCCCACCAGAACCCCUCCAGUUUGCCCAGAACCUUUCAAAGCCUACCCAAGCAAACCCACAGCAAUUUUCAGUACACAAACACUCACUACUCAUUAGAUAGAGGCAUAUGUAGGCCUGAUCUAUGCCCCAGAAGUGUGUUUGCCUAUCAGGAGGCCUACCCCACUCAAGAUUUUCAAUACCCAUGCUCCACUACCCCCUCCUCCCCCCACAACCCCUCCCCAACCCUCAGAAUGAUGGAAAUAGAUCAAAAUGCACGAUUCCAGUAUCUCGUUUCCAAUCUUCUUCUUAUUCUCCUUCUUCCUCUUCUUCUUCUUCUGUUUUCCCUCAUCCCUGUCAUUCUAAUCUUCCUCUUCCGCUUCCUCAUCUCUCCCAGCACUCGCCUCCUCCUCCUCCUCCUCCUCCUCCACCUUCUACUUCUCUUCCUCUUCCUCCUCCCUCCCGCCUUUCUCUCCCCCCACUCCCCUCCCAUAAUUAUCAAGAUUCUGAAGUUCAUGAGAGUUCGGUGUGAGAAAAGACGUGAAAUAAAAGAGGAGGAGGAGGAAGAAGAAGAAGAAGAAGAAGAAGAAGAAGAAGAAGAAGAAGAAGAAGAAGAAGAAGAAGAAGAAGAAGUGACAUUAAUAAUAACAAUAAUAAAAACAGUGACACGUAAGAAGAAGAAGAAGAAGAAGAAGAAGAAGAAGAAGAAGAAGAAGAAGAAGAAGAAGAAGAAGAAAGAGCUCCAAAGAAAACGAGAGAGAGAGAGAGAGAGAGAGAGAGAGAGAGAGAGAGAGAGAGAGAGAGAGAGAGAGAGAGAGAGAG